AUGGUGCGACUUUCUACCCUCGUUGGCGCCACGACGCUUGCGUUGUCAAAGAUGGCCACAGCAAAUUACGUCUUGUUGAAGUCGUACGACACAACGAACUUUUUUGACGGAUUUGAAUUUCGGAAUGGCACUGGAUCUGGCGGGUUUGCUCAAUACGUGGAUGCUACUACCGCAAAGGCAAAAUCCUUAGCAGGUAUCCGGAACGGCAAGGUGUACCUAGGCGUCGAUAAUACGACUGAAAACACGACUGGUGGUCGACAAUCCGUCAGAGUCAUCACGAAGGAUGUUUAUACCAAUGGGCUUUAUAUUGCUGAUAUCGCUCACAUGCCAGGCAAUGCCUGUGGUAUCUGGCCGGCCUACUGGACCAGUGGUCCAGACUGGCCUAACAGCGGCGAGAUCGAUAUCAUCGAAGGCAUCAAUAUGCAGAAAACCCCUAUCAUCACCCUACAUUCCGGAAAGAACUGCACCGUCACGAAUACUGGCUCGGCAGCUGGCUCAGUUCUUGUCGAUCCGGAUUGUGACAGCAGUACCUCGUCUGGCGGCUGCUCUCAGACCUCGACAAAUACCCAGGCCUAUGGAGACGGCUUCAACGCGAUUAACGGCGGCGUUUACGUCACACAAUGGAGAACGAGCGAUAUCUCGGUCUGGUUCUUCCCCCGUAGCAGCAUCCCGGCGGACAUCACAAACGGGGCUCCAACACCACCCACUUGGGGCAAGCCAUUGACCCGGUUUGUGGCCUCGGGCUGCGACUUUGCGACUCACUUCAAGAGCAAUGACAUAAUAUUCAACACGAACCUGUGUGGCUGGGCUGGAAAUGAGUGGCCAUCCGAGUGUAAGGCGAAGGCUGCUACCUGCAAGGAGUAUGUAGCGCAAAAUCCGUCGACGUUCUCGGAUGCAUAUUGGUUGAUCAACUCUGUCAAGGUAUAUCAAUGGAGCAAUGCUGCCAAAUAG